AUGAGCGAGUGCCAUCGCGAUGAGCCUGACCUGGGCAUUACCAAGCCUUGCUUUAUCCCGGUUUCGCAAGACGAAAGCCCCCUCGUGGCGUCGCACAUCGAGACCCUCGGCUUGGAACCGCACAUUGAAGGUGGCUACUUCAAAGAGACCGAUGUUUCCGUUGCCUCUAUUUCCUCACCUUAUGCUCUUGAACCCCUAUCCGAGGAGACCCUCUCUCUGACGGGUGGUCUUCGUUCCGACUUCAGACCGCUGUUCCGCAGACUUUCGACCACCAUUUACUACUACCUCACACCCAACCGCCCACAGUGCCACUUCCACCGUAACCGCAGCCGCAUUGUCCACUCGCUUCAUCUGGGCCGCGGCCGGUACGUGCUCAUCAGCCCCGACGGACAUGUCGAGACGUAUGUCGUGGGACACAACACUGAGAAGGGCGAACGGCUCCAGUGGAUUAUUGAAGGAGGUGUCUGGCAGGCCAGUUACCUGCUUGAUGCCAAGGAUGGCGAGAACGAGGGACUGCUGAUCUCAGAGACCGUCGUGCCAGGAUUCGAGUAUGCUGACCAGGAGUUUCUGUCUGAAGCGGGUUUGAGAAGCUUGUUGCCGGCAGGUCAAGCGAAGGAGCUGGAGUGGUUAGAGAGCUUCAACCCCAAGACCGGCAACGCAGAGAGCAAGGAUCUUGAGAGCCCCAAGUCUCCAGACGAUUCCUUUGCAAUUGACAACGAUGAGCGCAAGGAGGGUGAUCACCAGACUGGGGUCGACAUGGUUGGCAACGGACUGAAGAGCAGCUGUCUCGACAGCAAUGGGCCUCGGAACUAUUUUUUCGACAGCAACGGCUUGGGCGGCAGCAUCAACGACAACAAGGUUGAGCGCAAUAUCCUUGAUAACGAGCUGAAGAGCAUGGCGUCCGAAACAGCGAUGUGGAGAGAAGGAUGUAAUUGGCCGCUCCGCCAAUGA